AGUCAAAGUAAAUAAUUACCAUUAUUUUUUCAGUGCACAUUUUUUUGUCCUAACUUUUUUUUCGGUGUUAUUUUGGAUUUCGAGGAAUUCUUCCGGGGGGCAAGUAACGUGUGUUUGUGUGCGUGAGUCUGGCAACUGAUUAGAUAGCAAUCAACCCAAGUUAGGAAGAGAAGGAACAGUCAAACAAAUUAUGCUAGUCGCCAACACAAUCAGGAAUACAGCAAGGCUAGCACUUCGCAAUGGAACUGGCUACCUGUGGCAACGAUCAGCACCAACAAAUCUUACGCGCACUUUCUCGCUAGGCAUAGCGGUAAGGCAACAGCAAGAUGUAGUUAGCGUAACCUUUGUUCGCGCCAAUGGUGAUAAAAUCAAAGCAUCCGGAAAGGUGGGCGAUUCUCUUCUGGAUGUGGUUGUGAACAACAAUGUGGAUUUAGAUGGAUUCGGUGCCUGUGAAGGCACACUGACCUGCUCGACUUGCCAUCUGAUAUUCAAGACAAACGACUACGAGAAACUGCCCGAUAAGCCAGGCGAUGAGGAGCUGGAUAUGUUGGAUUUGGCCUACGAAUUAACAGAUACCUCUCGUCUGGGAUGCCAAAUAACUCUAUCCAAAGAUAUGGAUGGACUGGAAGUGCACGUUCCGGCCACCAUCAAUGAUGCUCGCGCUGCGUAGAGAGAGCCCCAGUACGCACACACAUAAUUGUUAUAUUUUGUUGCUUUUUUGAGUGCUAUUUCAAUUUAAAUUGUAGAUAACGUAUUGCAUAGAUUAUUUUGUUCAAUGGAAUCUGUUUGUAAUGUAUUUGUCCAACUGGAGGACGCAAAACAAGCUCAGGCGACACGGUCAAAGUGGAUUUUUACAUAGAUCGAUUUGUUAAACAUUUUAAGCUCAAAAAAAAACUAGAGAAAUCCAUUCAAAUAUGUUAAUAUGUGUACCUAAAUAAAUUUACAUAUAUUUUCGUA